AUGGAUCAGCCUUCACCGAGACAGGUCACUCUCGACGCCAGCUCGUUGGCGCAGAUGACCAGCUCCGACGCGCGGGCACUGCUCGACACCAUCGACGGUCUCCGACAGCUUGGGGUUGGCGAUUUCGUCGACCUGCCUCAGAUCAUCGUGGUCGGCGAUCAGUCCUCGGGAAAGAGCUCCGUUCUCGAAGCCAUCUCGCGCGUUCGCUUCCCCGUCGAUGGCGAUCUGUGCACACGCUUUGCCACGGAGCUCAUUCUUCGACGAGCGGACAAAACGGCACUCGAGGUCACCAUCCAAUUUGCCGACGAGCCCUCUGCCAUCACACCGCGUGGCGGCGCAGCGCCACAGCCGUUUCAGAGAGAAGGCUUCGACAAAGAUGCCCUCCCGGACAUCAUCAAGGAGGCUCAAGAGCUCAUGGGCAUUUCGAAAGGCGGUACCAAGAGGUUCUCCAAGGACAUCCUCCGCGUCGAGAUCGCUGGUCCGGAUAUCUACCCACUGACUCUUGUCGACCUACCGGGCAUCUUCCACAGCGCGACGGCCGACCAGGACCUCAAGGGCAAGGAGAUUGUGGACCAGCUGAUUGAGAGCUACAUGAAGCAACCCAAGAGCAUCAUUCUGGCCGUCGUCGCAGCGAACAACCAGUUGGCCAAUCAGCUGGUCCUGCAAGAAGCUCGAAAGUACGACCCCCUCAAGGAACGCACCAUUGGUGUCAUUACCAAACCCGACCUGGCCGGAUCGUCCAACGAGCGGAAGUACCUUGACCUGGCCAAGGGUCGCGAGAGCGUGCAUAAGCUGGCCCUCGGCUGGUACGUGUUGCGGAACAGGUCCGAGGAAGAAAGAGCCUCAGGAGCCGACGCCCGAGAUGCCAAGGAGGAGCAGUUCUUUCAGACGAGCGCAUGGAACACCGUAAGCCCCCUGAAUAGGGGCGUUGAGUGCCUGCGGAAAAGGCUCAGCAAAGUGCUUCUCGACCACAUCAAGGCAAGCCUGCCCCACAUGAUCCAGGAGAUCGAAGCAAAGUUAAGCGCCUGUAAGGAAGAGCUUGACCGGCUAGGAAAGUCGAGAUCGAGCCCGGACGAGCUGCGGUCGUAUCUCCACGGCAUCACUGGGGACUUUCAGCGCUUGGCGCGCGAUGCUGUCGAGGGGCGGUACAACGACAAAUUCUUCGGGGCCAUUGGUGACGAGGACAAGAACGCAAUGAAGCUUCGGGCGGUGCUGCGAAACCUCAGCCGCUCAUUUUACGCCGUCAUGGAGACGAAGGGAGCACGGUAUGAGAUUGACUGGGGGAACGGCAUGGCCGACGACGGUGAAGAUGACGACCAGGAGUCAGACGAGAGUGGUGAACGGAUUCAGGAUUACCUACGACCAUAUACCGACGUCUACAGAGUCCCUGAGCCCGAGUUGAUUACCGAGCAGGACCUUAACGACCGUCUUCUGUCAUACGCAGCCUCCAACCAAGGGCGAGAACUUCCGGGAAUGCCCAGUGGGGAGCUCGUCCUGCAGCUGUUCAAGGAGCAGGCCGAGCGCUGGCCAGGAAUCGCCGAAACAUACCUUGACCAGGUCCUCAAGAUGACCAAGGAGUUUGUAGUCCAGGCGUUCGACCACUUCAUUGGGGCUGAUGAGACUACGGCCGAUGCCAUCUGGAGGGGUUGCGUUGAGCCUUUCUUUCAGAAAAGAAAGGAGGAUCUUCAGUCCAAACUGCAAGAGCUCCUUCAUCCUUACAUCAACGGCCGUAGCCUUCCCCCGGAGAGAGAGUUUCUCGCAGCAGUGUCCAAGAAGACCCUUCACCGGCUUGCCGAUAGGGUUGCGGACAAGCUGCAGGAGUACCAUCCUCAGUGGUUCCAGGCCGAUCACGAAGGUGCCUUAAACCGUGCUAAGAUUCAGCGGGCUAUUCUAGACGAGUGGGACGAAUCCGAGAAAAGCGGGUUUGGCACUGAGAAGGUUCUCGACAUGAUGGUUGCUUACUACGAGAUCUCGGCUAGAACGUUCAUGGACAACGUCGUCAAUCUUGCGGUAGAGAGCUGUCUCAUCUCUAAGGUCGAGAACAUUCUGACCGCGAGGAAAGUCGAGGAAAUGUCUGUCGACGAACUGAAAGAGUUGGCUUCCGAGUCUGAGGAGACUCAGACGAAUAGGAGCCGUCUCCAAGAGGAGGUCAGAAUCUUGAGAGAGGGCCUUCGCAAGUGCCAGAAGCACAAGCCAAGGGAAUCAACGGGUGCGUGGCCCCAACCUUGA